AUGGAAAGUGGUAGUCGUUUGGUGUUAUUAGAUUUUUUAUUAGUGAUCAUCUCUCUGUCGACUCAUUUAGUAGAUCUGUUAGUGAAUUGCUAUACUGUUUACAAACAAUUCUACAUGAGGAACUAUACAGUUAUGGCUCUGACUGCUCUAUUGGCAUUUAUUCCCGGUUUCAUCACGUCCAUAUUAAGUUGCUUUUUGCUUACUAAAGGUUCAUCUCAGUCAGUUAAACCCAAGUUGCCCACUAUAUUUCACGUUUUCAGAAUUCUGUCGAUUGUAUUUCUAAAUAGUCCAAUUUCUGGAUACAUCAACGUGCUCUACUAUUUGCUCAAGCGUUACCGAGCCCUGUUGAAAGGUGAGCUUGAAGCACUCCAGCGGAGUUGGGAAGUGAUGGCAGCUUGCAUGACGGAGGUAACUUUGCUACGCCUCUUUUUCGCAUUCCUCAACACUUCCCCGCAGUUCAUUUUGCAGCUAUACUUAGUUCAAGUGGAAACGAAAGCCAACUCGUCAGAAGGAUGGAUUGAAAUAGCUCUUGCCGUGAACUCGUUGAUCAGUGUCAGUAUUGCGGUCACCACAUACGAUCGAACUUUUCUGCAAAAUCAACCCGACAAGGAAGCUAUUCGAUUUCGUGCCACUGCCAUAUUAUUCUUAAUUCAUUUCUUUAGUCUAAGUUCUCGUCUAUUAGCCAUUGGCCUUUUUACUUCGCUCAGCAUCGAAUACGCUGCGUUAUUAUUGGGAAUUCACUGGACUGUCAUGGUAGCCUGGCUGAUGCUUCCCGUACUCAAGUCUUCGUUCCACAUGGAGAAAAUCCUUUCAAUUAUGGCAUUAGGUUUGGCAUUCAUCUUUGUCUUCAUUAAGAGCGAUGGCAGUCGAACGCGACGUAAAUACGCGUUCUAUUACACCAUCUCGCUAGUGGGUAAUACCUCAAUGAUGGUCAUGUGGCUUAAACACGGAAGCUACCCGAGUCUCUCAGAUAUUCCCAAUGUCAUGGGUUCAUGGAUAUACUAUCUCGGGUUAAGUUGCCAUUACGUUUUCUUUUUGACCGGUAUUGCCUUGCUAGCUUUAUAUCAUGCUGGGCGACUUCCCGAACAUGAGGGAGCUGUUUCAAUGGACAUUCGUUUGAACGAACGACUUUGAGUCAUGAAUAAUAAAUCCUACAUUUGCCGAUAAAAGUGGAUUUUUCUUUAUUGGUGUAUUGAUCGGUAAAAGUUGUAUAAAUCAAGAGAGCAUGAAUACAAAGGGAUGAUCAAUAACUAAAGUCGGGAUGUAUCGGGAUCUUGUUCAAUCUGAAACAGACAAUGUCAACAUUUUGAAGGACAAGCAAACGGGGACACUAUUCGUCACGAUGCCCGCAUGUUUGCACUGUUGCAAAAAUAAAAUUAAAAAAAAAAAAAAAAAAAAAAAAAGAAGUAAUAAAAAAAGAAAUAAUAAUUAAAAAAAGGAUGAGUAACAUUCCGCUUGGUUUGCUCAACAUCAAUGAAAUUGCCAGUCGAAUAUCGGGUGAAAUAGACAACAGAGAUAUCACAUUAGCCAAAUAAUAUGCUGUCCAGUUAUGCGAAAAGAUAUGAUACAAUUAGUGUGUAGGUCUUGAGCAGCUGACGAAAAAAACUAUGUGGAAAGUUUCCAAAGCUCCAUUGAUGACGUUCAACUGACGCCAACAACUUGAACGAAGUGCAAU